GAAAAAGGCGGAAGUUAGACGUCGAGGGGAAAAAGAGAACGAAAAUUAGCAAAGCUCCAAGCUUGUGAUUAGCCUAUUCGCUAAAAAAAACAAAAACAAAAAACAACAGCAUUCAAAAUGUUGACAGAGUUGAUCAGAGAGCGACUAAUGGUAGCGGCUGAUGAAAUAUCGGCGAUGUUUGAAAGAAAUAUCGCGUCCUACGAGGAGGAACUUUGUCAAACAAGAAAGGAGAACGAGCGACUUCGACAACAACUGGAAGCUGUUAGCAAGACUCGCGUUGAAGACAUCCAGCAGCUGUUUGAUCAUCAAGAAGUACUUCCCCCUCGGCCGCAACGGGAGGAGAGCUCCACUGUGGAGCAGGAGGACCCCCAGCCCCACCACGUUAAAGAGGAAGAGGAUCCCCUGUCCCACAGCGUUAAAGAGGAAGAGGAGGAACUCUGCAUCACUCAGGAGGGAGAAUGUCUUCUAGGGCCGGAGGAGGCUGAUCUCACCAAGUCACUGACUGUUGUCUCUGUGAAGACUGAAGACUAUGAAGACAAACCACCUGAGUCCUCACACCUUCAUCACGGUCCGAGUGAGGAGAUCAGAGGGGCGGAGUCUCCAAGCAGCAGCAGCUCACCACAGCACAUGACAACAGAAGCUGGCGGAGACCACUGUGAAGGAUCACAAGCGGAGAACCUCUUAGCUCCGCUAUCAGAUAGCGACAACACGUCACUCUGUCCUGGGGCUGAAGACGGGGAGGACAGGGCUCACGUUGACGACAAACACUGCUCAGUUUGUGCGAAAGGCUUUGCUGAUGAGAGGGAUUUCACUCGACACAUGAGAACACACACAAAACCUUUUACUUGCUCAGUUUGUGACAAAAGAUUCUCUGAAAAGUCAAAUAUGGUAAAACACACGCAGACACACACUGGAGAAAAACCUUUUAGUUGUUCAGCUUGUGGUAAAAGAUUCUUUCAGAAGUCAAAUAUGUUGAAACACAUGAGAAAACACACUGGAGAAAAAACGUUUGGUUGUUCAGUUUGUGGUGAAAGAUUCACUGAAAAGUCAAGUAUGGUAAAUCACAUGAGAACACACACUGGAGAAAAACCUUUUUGUUGCUCAGUUUGCGGUAAAGGAUUCUCCCAAAAGUCAAAUAUGGCGAAACACAUGACAACACACAAACCUUAUUCCUGCUCACUUUGUGCUAAAUCAUUUACUCAGCCAGCCAGUUUGACAGCACACAUGCGUAUGCACAAUGGAGACAAGCCUUUCAGCUGCUCCGUCUGUGGUAAAGGAUUCUCUCGAAAUUUACAUAUGGAAUCACACAUGCGGACGCACACGGGAGAAAAACCUUUCUGUUGCUCAGUUUGCGGCAAAGCAUUCAGCACCAAGGUGUCUUUGCGCGGACACCAAAGAACACACACUGGAGAAAAACCUUUCAGUUGUUCGGUUUGUGGUAAAAGUUUCUCAGAGAGGUCAAACGUGGCAUCGCACGUGAGAACGCACACGGGCGAAAAACCGUACUCCUGUUCACUUUGUCCAAAAGCAUUCUGUCGGCAGAACAAUUUGACAGUACACAUGCGGACCCACAACAGGCCAACGGAUGUUGUCCUGUCCAGUUUGUGCUGAAAGAUUGUCAAAUCAUGCAGGCGUCAUGUUACCUAGAAAGUGAUGUUCUGCCGUGUGUAUAGUACCAGAUUCCCUCACGACUUCCAAAUGAGUGCUUCUAAGAACAAACACUGAAGCAAAUAAGAGAUGAUGACUUUCAGUGGCCGAUCGAUUGCCGCAACCGUAAUAUAAACUGCUGUACAUAAUUCCCUGUGGGUGCUGUCAGUUCACUUCUGGGCCACACAGUGACU